AUGGCUCGAAGGGCCACGGCCAAAAGGCAACGUGAUGCUGCCACGUCACCCUAUUCACUGUCAGCGUCGCUCGUCCUGUCCACGUCCGCGCUCGCGCUGAGCGUAUUGACAGGCGCGUGGCUGCUGCCACGUCAGCUCUGGGGAGUGGAUCUGACGAGUGAGCCGCUGACGUGUAUCAAGUCCACAUGUGCUCUAUUCCUUCUAGCAGCGCUGCUCCUCUUCUCCCUCCCUCCCUUCCUCCCCUUCCCAUCCGUCCAGCGUUCGCCAUCGCCUACCCGAGGCAUGCAGCCUAAAGGUCAACUGGAACAGCUCAUUGCUCACAUCACCACUGCAAUUGUGCUUACAUGCAUCGGUGCUUUCGCUGCAGCACUCGCAGCCACUGCCUUCGGUGCUCCCAUCACCCUCCAGUCCAUCCCAGUCACCAUCCACUGGUCCUCCCUUCUCUCUCUGCUCGCUGUGCUGCCCUCCGCGCUCCUCUUUGGCUCCCACACACACCUCUGGCGAUCCGUGCUUCUGCAAUUCAGCCCGGCAUCACUGCCAGAGGCGUGUGUGGUGACGUCAGCACAUGGGGCCGUGGUGGGGGCAUGGAUAGGGGCAUGGCCCAUGCCUCUGGACUGGGAACAGCCGUGGCAGGUGUGUUAA